GCCAUUUAAACAUAUAGGAUAUUCCAGGCAAUAUAAGGUGUUAUCGAGAAUAUAGAAACAUAUAACUUAAAAAUGGGAGACAAAGAAUUGGAAGCCGCAUACAAGAAGUUUAUGGUAAUGGGAAAUUCAAAAGCAACGAAAAUGACUGGAAAAAACUUCGCAAAGUGUCUGAAAGAUUGCAAAGUUCUUGGUCCAAAGGAAAGCACGAAUUCAGUGGACAUUAUAUUUUCAACACUUAAACCAAACAGUGAAAAGACAAUUGAUUUCAAACAGUUCAAGGUCGGGCUUGAAAAAGUCGCCGCUGAGAAAAAGAUUAACAAAGAGGAUGUUUUCAACAAAGUGAUUAACGGGGGUGGCCCUGUUAUGGUUGGUGUAACGAAAACUUCGAAGAGCGGCGGCGUUGAAAAGAUGACAGACACGUCACAAUACACUGGAAGUCAUAAGGAGAGGUUCGGGGCAGAUGGCAAAGGAAAAGGUUUGGAUGGCAGAGUCGAUAAGGUUGAUGCUUCAGGUUAUGUUGGAAAUUAUAAAGGAGAUGGAACUUAUGAUCAGAAAGUCUCAAAAUAAUUUUGUGUUGAUUAUAUAGUAGUACGGUGGGGUAAGAUGGGACGCGUUUUCAUUCUCUUUUAUUGUCCCC